UUUGAGUUGGAGCGUCGAAAGAGGGAAUGCUACCUGGUUGAUCCUGCCAGUAGUCAUAUGCUUGUCUCAAAGAUUAAGCCAUGCAUGUUUAAAAAGCUCGUAGUUGGACCUUGGGUUGGGUCGGCCGGUCCGCCUUUCGGUGUGCACCGGCCGGCUUGUCCCUUCUGCCGGCGAUACGCUCCUGGUCUUAAUUGGCCGGGUCGUGCCUCCGGCGCUGUUACUUUGAAGAAAUUAGAGUGCUCAAAGCAAGCCUACGCUCUGAAUACAUUAGCAUGGGAUAACAUCACAGGAUUUCGGUCCUAUUAUGUUGGCCUUCGGGAUCGGAGUAAUGAUUAA